UCUCUCUAGUCACACGGCGACUCUAUCGUAGAGUGGGCGGACCUAGGAGAAAGAUGGCGGCCUCCGCAGCUUCUUCUGAUCCACAGGCUUCAGGGGGUCCUCAGCCUCCCGUGUGUCUGUUGGUGUUGGGAAUGGCGGGAUCCGGAAAAACCACUUUUGUACAGAGGCUUACAGGACACUUGCAUAGCCAAGGCUCUCCACCUUAUGUGAUCAACCUGGACCCAGCUGUGCAUCAAGUUCCUUUCCCUGCCAACAUAGAUAUUUGUGACACUGUGAAGUAUAAAGAAGUCAUGAAACAAUAUGGACUUGGACCCAAUGGUGGCAUAGUGACCUCACUCAAUCUCUUUGCUACCAGAUUUGAUCAGGUGAUGAAAUUUAUUGAGAAGGCCCAGAACAUGUCUAAAUAUGUCUUGAUUGAUACACCUGGACAGAUUGAAGUAUUUACCUGGUCAGCUUCUGGGACAAUCAUCACUGAGGCCCUAGCAUCCUCAUUUCCAACAGUUGUCAUCUAUGUAAUGGACACCUCACGAAGUACCAACCCAGUGACCUUCAUGUCCAAUAUGCUCUAUGCAUGCAGCAUCUUGUAUAAAACCAAGCUGCCUUUCAUUGUGGUCAUGAACAAAACUGACAUCAUUGAUCACAGUUUCGCAGUGGAGUGGAUGCAGGAUUUUGAGGCUUUCCAAGAUGCCCUGAAUCAAGAGACUACAUAUGUCAGUAACCUGACUCGUUCCAUGAGCUUGGUGUUGGAUGAGUUUUACAGUUCACUCAGGGUGGUGGGUGUCUCUGCUGUUCUGGGUACAGGCUUAGAUGACUUUUUUGUGCAAGUUUCCAGUGCUGCAGAAGAAUAUGAAAGGGAAUAUCGUCCUGAGUAUGAACGUCUGAAGAAAUCAUUGGCCAGUGCACAGAGUCAGCAGCAGAAAGAACAGCUGGAGCGCCUUCGGAAAGACAUGGGCUCUGUGACCUUGGACACUGGGACUGCCCCAGACAGCUUAUCUCCUGUCAUGGACCCUUCUGACUUGAUCCUGACCAGAGGAACCUUGGAUGAAGAGGAUGAGGAAGCAGAUAGUGAUACUGAUGAUAUUGACCACAGAGUUACAGAGGAAAGCCAUGAAGAGCCAGCAUUCCAGAAUUUUAUGCAAGAGUCAAUGGCACAGUACUGGAAGAGAAACAACAAAUAGGAGAGACUUGGAAACUUCAGUUGCUUCUUGAAGUCCAAAAUUGUAUAACUCUGUAUGAAGGAAAUACCCUUACUACUCUGACUGUGGGCUACCAUAAAGGACAAUUUUCUUCAGAGUAGCAGAGGUCCCUUAUUAGAGAAAUCUCAUGACUCAGAUGAAGCCA